AAAAUAUGCCCUUAAAUGUUGGACAAAAGAGCACAACGUAGUACUUCAGUUCUUCCAUUUUCUGCAGAGUUCAAGGCUUACUUUCUAGUCUCUUCAAACAUGUUAGUAUGUAGCUUUCUCAGUUUGGCCUUCAUGUUAGUUUCAGCCGCUAUAUGGUACCAUUUUGUGUUGCUUACCAGCAUGAUGCAUUACUCUGCUUCUCUGUGCAGUGGAAAAACUAUUGAGCUCGAUGAUGUUACUUUCCACCAAUGUGUAAAUUUGACAAGAUUCAAUUCAGAAAAGACUGUCAGCUUCGUACCACCAGAUGGUGAAUUUGAACUGAUGAAGUACCGGAUUACUGAAGGAGUAAAUCUUCCUUUCCGUGUAUUGCCAACAAUCAAGGAAUUAGGUCGUACACGAAUGGAAGUGAAUGUUAAGGUUAAGAGUGUGUUUGGUGCGAAAAUGUUUGCUCUUGGAGUUGUCAUUAAAAUUCCGGUGCCAAAGCAAACUGCAAAAGCAAGCUUCCAGGUGACAUCAGGGAGAGCAAAGUACAAUCCAUCCAUUGACAGUUUGGUCUGGAAGAUCAGAAAAUUUCCUGGUCAAACUGAGUCAACAUUGAGUGCUGAAGUGGAAUUGAUUUCAACAAUAGCAGAGAAGAAGUCCUGGACUAGGCCACCAAUUCAGAUGGAAUUCCAGGUUCCCAUGUUUACAGCGUCUGGAUUGCGAGUACGUUUCCUCAAGGUAUGGGAAAAGAGUGGUUACAACACAGUUGAAUGGGUUCGCUAUAUCACAAAAGCUGGCUCUUACGAGAUUAGGUGCUGAAUAAAAUAGGUAAGCUGAUCUAGUUUAUCGGAUCAGAAUUAUGGAAGUCCAAGGCAUAGUGGCACCGUUUUGCUAUGCUGGAAAUGCAACUUAUGCAUCUAUUAUGAGGGCUUUUAAACACGGUUUGUCUAUAGUAUAUUUGGUGUUUGAAAUUUAUUAUUUUGUUGUACAGGUUAGUACUUUACGAGGACUAAGAAAAGGUUUCGUUUCCAUUCUAUUUGUAUAUUUGACAUAUGCUCCCUUAAGAAAAUAUUUCUUUUCCUCUUUUGAUCAA